AUGGCCUCAGCCAUCAAGAAAGUAAACAUGAUCACCCAAAUCGUACGGCUGAGGCAAGUUGUGAGGCGCUGGAAAUCCAAGAGCCUCCGGCGCCGCACCGUACUCUGUUACUCCUCCUGCUCCUCGGACCCCGACGAACCGGCCGGCUCCAGUCGCCGCACCCCCUCCGGCUCCGUCGCCGUCUACGUCGGCCCAGAACGCCGACGCUUCGUCAUUCCCACCCGGUUCCUCAACCUCCCUGUCUUCUUAGCGCUCCUCGACGAGGCCGAAGAGGAGUUCGGAUUCCAGACAACCGGCGGCCUGGCUCUGCCGUGCGACACCGGAUUCUUCAUAAACAUACUCCAGCUCCUCGAGGAAGACGAGGAGAAAUUCGGGGGGCUCGGGCUGGAUGAGUUCUUGAAGAUGGUUUCUGAAGUGGGUUUGGAGUGUUUCGAGCAGUCGUCGUGUAAAGAAUCGUCCUCAUCGGCUUCUUGCCAUGCCUUCACAUCUCCAUUGCUGCAAAAAACAAGGGUCUGA